UUGUCUUGAUCGGAGGUGAUUGAGGGUUGAGUUGGUUGUUGCUUCGAAGAUACUGUGUCUUUAUUUGUAUUUGGAAGGUUCUAGAAAAUGAGUGGAGCAGCGGAGAAAGAGAAAGAGAAAGGAUCUGGAACCACAAAGACCCCUGCUGAUUUCCUCAAGUCCAUUCGCGGCCGCCCCGUUGUUGUCAAGCUCAAUUCUGGCGUUGAUUAUCGUGGUAUCCUGGCUUGUCUUGAUGGCUAUAUGAAUAUUGCAAUGGAACAAACAGAGGAGUAUGUCAACGGGCAACUGAAGAACAAGUAUGGUGAUGCCUUCAUUCGAGGGAAUAAUGUUCUAUACAUUAGUACCUCAAAGAGGACUCUAGCAGAAGGGGCGUAGCGUAUCAUCUCAAACGCUUUUAUUUGGAAGACAUUCUUUUGUGUUUGAGUUCAACAGAUAAAGUAUGUUUUUUCGCUUCUGUUGAAAUCAUGGAACGGGAUUGAAAUCACGUUGAAGUAUAAUCGAAUGCAAUAUUUCUGAAUAUUGAAAGAAAUUGAAAUUAGGAUCCCAAUUUUCAAUUUUCAAUUUUUUUUUAUCGUUUUGGAAUUACGUAACUGAUAUGAUAUACAUGAAUUUAUCAACA